CUGCCGCACAGAGCCACGCCCCCUGCCGCACAGAGCCACGCCCCUGCCUCACAUAGCACCGCCCCCGCCGCCUCAGGCACCGUCCCCCGAGCUCCUGGGUCCCGCCCCCGCCGCGCCGGCCCCGCCCCUGCCAGCCCGGCCCCGCCCCCGCGCAGUGCGCGCAGAGGGAGCGCGGGCGGGGAGCGGUGCGGUCGUGCGUGUUUCUGGGUCCUGCUGUGCCGGGACCCGCCCGUCUACCGAGCCGAGCCCCGCACACCCCUCUGCAGUGGGGCAGCGCCCACACACCCCCGCGAGGCCGCAGGGACCCCCGUGUGCACGCAGGGAGGGCUGGGGGCUGCCCCACUCAUGUGCCAGUCCCCGGGCAGCAGGACAUCCAUGUCCCGUGGGGCCGCUCGUGGCCGGAUUGGGCUCAUCUGGGUCAGGCACUCCCCUGGCACUGUGGUCACCCGUGGGCACACUGCCCCCGGUCCCAUCACCCACGGCCGCUGGGAGCAGCUCUGCAGCCCCAGAAGAGCUGAGGACGGGGGUCCUGUGUGGGGGCUGGGGGUCCCGUGGUCCCUGCGUGGGGCAGUGCAGUGUUGCAGAGGCUGCCUGGCUCUCCAUGGCCCCAUGGGUGCCCCCAGCGCACCCCUGCAGCCCCCCCACACCAGCCCGGCCCUCGGGGAUCCUCACCCGCUGCCCGGCUGGGGCGGCGUGCUGGGUGCCCCAGGCUCCCGGUGUGCGGGGGCCGGAGCCAGCGACAGGCGUGGGGCAGCACCCAGGGGUCCCCUGCAGCUGAUGCCAGGGGGAACCCCCCUGCAGCUGAUGCUGGUGCGGGAACCCCCCGGGCUGGGCCUGUCGGUGCAGGCGGCUGCACCAGCACGGGGCUGUGACCCCACGGGCAGGGCCUGGGGCGCACGGGCUGUGUGUGGGGACAGGGCACGGUGUGACCCGUGGGAGCCCUGUGCCCGCAGUGCCCUGUGCCCGCAGUGCCCUGUGCCCGCAGUGCCCUGUGCCCGCGGUGCCCGGUGCCUGCGGUGCCCUGUGCCCGCGGUGCCCGGUGCCUGCAGUGCCCUGCCCGGGGCCCCGCGGCUCCCGUGGUGCUGAGGCCACGCUGUGGGUGAGCGGGGUGCCGUGGGCGGCCGCGGCCCGGGGGAGGCUCCGGCUGGGACAGCCCAGAUCCUUCUGCUCAUCCCGCGGUGCCGAGGAGGCGGAGGCGUGACGCCCGCCCAGACGAGGCCGCGGGCCGAGCCGGGAGGCAGCGGGGGACGCAGCAGCGCUCCCCGGGGCGCCCCGACCCACCGGCACUUGGUGGGACCGAGGAGCGGGCAGGGGCGCAGGCAGCGGCUGCCGGGGGUCCGGCAUGGCCGAGAGCGCGGGGGCAGGCGCUGGCGGGGGGUGCAGAGCGGGGCUGGCCGUGCACGGUUGCCCCCCGGCCGUCGCUGCCCCCGGCUCCCGGGGCCGGAGGGGUCCGUGCGGCCCCACACGAGCCCCUCGGCGCUGCCGGGGCGUGGGCGCAGGCAGCAACCCAUGGCCUCCGUCUGGCAAGCAGGGAAGCCCCCCAUCAGGACAGGGCCCCCCGGGGCCGCCGUGCCCCCGGAACGCGGCGCGGGAGCGGGGCCGGGUGCGGGCGCUGCGCCGGGCCUUCCUGUCGCUGCAGGCAGCGCUGCCCGCCGUGCCCCCCGGCACCAGGCUCUCCCAGCUGGACGUCCUCGUCCUGGCCACCAGCUACAUCGCCCAGCUCAGCCACGCGCUGGGCCGCGGGUCCCCCCCGCCAGCGCCCUCCUGCCCGCCCCGCAGACACCCGCUCCUGCGCCCCGUGGAGAAAUGGCCGAUGCGCUCCCGCCUCUACACCAGCCCUUGGGGGGGACCCGUUUCUGCCCCGCCCCGGCACAGCCGCCAGCAGCCACCAGCACACAGGCCCGGGGAACAGCAGGCUGGCAGUGGGGGACAGCCCCCCCUGGCCCCCGGGGUGCCCACGGGAGCCCCUACAGCACAGGGACACCGUGCCCCGGGGUGGACUGGGGCAGCAGCCAGGGCGGGGGGGUCGGUGCCAGUGGGGUUCGCACCCCAACCCCGCAUGGCGGUCCCGAGCUCUGCGGGCAGCAGGAUCCCAGCCCCUGUCCCGCCCUGGGCACAGCCGUGGGGGCAGGACCCCCGGGACACGGGGUGGGCAGGGGCGGGUGAGGGGGUGCACACCCAACACUGCUCACGGGGCUGGGGGCACCCGGCCCCACCCGCAGCAAUAAACCUGCAGCCACCCCCCCCACCUCCUGCCUCGGCUGCACCGGGGCUGCAGGACGGGCCCUCAGACCCCCACCCUGUGCCCUGUGCGGGGGGGGGAAGGGGUGUUGGGGGCCCUGUGCCCCCCAGCCACGGAGCAGCUGCCCCCCGGCCGUGCUCACCUGGCUCCCCGGCCGGGCCCCCCCGCCGGCCACACGCCAUGGGAAAGGGGCCAGGGCCAAGGCUGCGGCCGGAAAUCUCCGCGGCUGGCGGGGCUCGUGCCGGGACAGCAGGGCCUUGGGGGACGGGGCCACGUCCCACGGGCUCCUGGGGGACAGCGGGGGGGCUGUGUGGGGCUGGCCCCGGGGCUCCCAACACCUGCGCUCCAGAACCGUUUAUUGGGGGACAACAAACACAGAGGGGGGUGACGAGGGCCGGGGGGCGCUCGGCGCCCGGGGGGUGGGGGGGGCCCUGGCCCGGGAGUGGGGCGUAA